AUGGCAUCAACCUCGCAGACUCUCGCCGGAUGGAGGUGGCGCCAACAUGGGAGCGAUGGAGACUGGAACCCUUGCUCGCACUCGAGACCGACAACCGAGAUCUUCACGGACCUCCUCGACGCAAAACGCAUUCCAGAUCCCUUCCUCGACCGAAAUGAGCGCCUCGUACAGUGGGUGGGGGAGACAGACUGGGAGUACGAGUGCGACUUUGUGCACCAGCCGGACAAUGACCAUUCGAGGCAAGACCUGGUCUUGGAGGGCCUCGACACGUUCGCCACGGUUUACCUGAACGAGCAGCUCAUACUCAUAUCAUCCAACAUGUUUCAUCGCCACCGGGUCAUUGUCACGGACAAGCUGCAGAGCGGUGCCAACAUCCUGCGCAUUACCUUUCGAAGCGCUUUACGUGAAGGUCGAGCACUUGAAUCCAAGCACGGAAAGCUGCGGGCCUUCAACGGAGAUAGCUCUCGCGUGCAUGUCCGCAAGGCGCCGUACCACUACGGCUGGGACUGGGGUCCUAUUUUACUCACCUGCGGUCCUUAUCGCGAGAUUCACCUUGAAAGUUACUCGUCGAUGGCCUACGACGUCUUCGCCAAUCCUACUGUCAGUGAGGAUUUGCAGCGUUGCACCAUCGACGUUUCGUGGGGCGCCGCACUCGACCAGGACGCAGUAGUGGAUGUCACCGUCACCUCCCCCAGCAAGCUCGUGUUCCAAGCCCAAUCCACGUUGGCGGCGCACGAGACUCAAGGUAGCGUCUCUCUCGACAUUCCGCAGCCGGAACUCUGGCACCCUGCGGGACACGGGCCUCAAGUCUUUUACGACGUUGAAGUUCAAAUUCGUAGCAGCCACGGCACUUCUCUGCACACAUCGACAUCGCAUAUCGGGAUCCGCCGACUGCGGUUGGUGCAGGAGCCUUUGGAAGGGGAGCCCGGAACCAGCUUCUUUAUCGAGGUCAACAACCAGCCUGUGUACAUCUCGGGGUCCAAUUGGAUUCCCGACCAUUCAUUCUUGACGGCCUUGACCCAAGAAGACUACAAGAAGAGUGUCGAGGCCUGCUUGGAGGGCAACCAAAACAUGCUGAGAAUAUGGGGCGGCGGCAUAUACGAGCACGACGCCCUCUACGCCGAAUGCGACCGCCAGGGUGUGCUUGUCUGGCAGGACUUCAUGUUCGCUUGUGGACAGUACCCUUGCUAUCCCGAGUUUGCGGCCAGCGUGAAGCGAGAGGCUGUGGACCAGCUAAAGCGACUCCGGCAGUACUGCUCCGUGGUUAUCUAUGCGGGUAACAAUGAGGACUACCAAGUGGCAGAGAUGCUCAAGCUGGACUGGGAUCCGAAUGAUCAUUCCGGCGACUGGACCAAGUCCAAUUUCCCGGCUCGGACAAUCUAUGAGACUAUUCUUCCCGCUGUCGUCUCCGAACACUCACCGGGUGUGCCGUAUCAUCCUGCGUCUCCGUGGGGUGGAAACGGCACCGAGGACCGCACUGUUGGCGACAUUCACCAGUGGAAUGUGUGGCACGGCUCGCAGGAAAAGUACCAGCUAUGGGACAAGCUCACCGGAAGAUUCGUGUCCGAAUUUGGCAUGUUGGGCUUUCCAUCUGCCAAGUCCGUCUCCCGUUUCGUGACGGACCCUACACAGCGGUAUCCUCAGAGCGCAGUGCUGGACCAUCACAACAAAGCCGACGGGUCUGAACGGAGGCUGGCGUUGUACGUCAUGGAAAACAUUCGUGCCGACUCGAUGCGCCUAGACAGCUGGAUAUACGCCACGCAGCUCAUGCAAGCCGAGUGCCUCGCAUCUGCCGUCCGUAGCUGCCGUCGCCAAUGGAAGGGUCCGGGGCGCGAAUACUGUGGCGGCCAACUCAUAUGGCAGAUCAACGACUGCUGGCCAGUAUCCAGCUGGUCGCUCAUUGACUUCUACGGAGAACGAAAGCUGGCCUUUUUCGCGACGAAGCGCGACUCGGCGCCUCUCGCUCUCGGAAUUGGCCGCUCCACGCCGGAGCUCAAGAAGCUGAAAUCGCCGCCGCCUCAGCUGCUGGGUCCUCCCCACGAUCUCGUGGAUAAAGAGUACGUCUAUGACGUGUGGGCAGUGAACACGACGCUGCAAAAGGCAGCCGUCAGCGUUGAAGUGCGGCUCUACGACACGCAGACCGGAGAGCUCCGGCAGACAAUAUCCUUGGGGAACCAGAUCCUCGGGGCCAACCGCUCGACGGAGCUCGCUGAGGACUGCGCUGUUGAUGACAGGACUGCAGUGCAAGCCAUAAUGCGUCACUCGGAUGGGAGCGUCGUUUCUCGAGCGUCAGACUGGCCUCAGCCACUGAAAUAUGUGACGCUGCCGACUGCGUAUGACAUCAAGCUUCGAGUGCUGGAGGGACGGGUCGAGAUCAGCUCGGACGCUCCUGUCAAGGGCCUGGAACUGUACCUCGCCGACGAGGAGCGCGAGAUCCGAUGGGAUGAUAACGGUGUGGAUGUGUUCCCCGGGGACACGUACGUUGUUCAGGGCGCGGGACUCGUCAAAGGAGACGAUGUGCGAAUGCGCUACUAUGGGUCGGACUGGGUUCCUAACCGGGCGGUCCCGAGUGUGUAA